AUGUUCUCUCCCAGCUCUCCCAACGCUACCAAGUCUGCGGACAACCUUGCGGCAUUGUCGCCUAUAGGUCGCGGGGAGCUUCCCUUUCAUAGCAACAGCCACAGACAUGCUCAAAUGCAUCCCUACCCGUCAUCACGACGUGGCUCUACAGCGAGCUCCAUUCAUUCAGUAGGAGGUAUUCUUGACAGUGCUCCCAGUAAUUUAGCAGCUUCAGUAUACGAGUCAAGUCAAAAUGCCAUCUCAACCCUUCUUCAACCCCCAAUUGUACGAACUGGUCUUCAGCCUCACACCUCAGCACCGGCCUCAACCGCACAUAAACCCCCGACGGCUCGGGAUAUCCCCCCAGUAACGUUGACAAACAUCACAAAGGUCGACGCUGAGGAAUUCAAACCCUAUUUGUCACAGAUCGGAAGCCUAUACGAACAGCUUCAGCGCUUGAAAGAUAGCGACGAGGAUGUCAACAAAGAGCAGCGCACUGGCCGGCAAGAUACCACGACCGAAUCGAGUGGUGAUGGAUACUUACGGCCGGGGCCUAAACCUCGUCCAACUCGGAAAGGCUCGACUGCAUCACUUUCUUCGAUGAACUCGAAUGAUGGUCACAGCCCUGUGAGAAGACAAAGUGCUGGCUUCAUUCGAAGGUCCACGCAUGGACCCCCUCCUCUAUCAACGAUCCCGACUGUGUACUUUGACGAUGAAUUCCAUCUCGAGAACCCCCGAACUUUUGACAUUGUGAGCGAACGAUCCGAGGUUAUCCGACCCGCCAACGCCAAUGAUGGGCAAAGCUCACUCAACGGAAGCGCUGCCGCGCCAAGGAAGGCUCUUGCAACCAAUGCAAUUUUGCAAGAGAAGUUGUCUUGGUACAUGGACACUAUCGAGGUUCAUCUAAUCAAUUCCAUCUCCGCCGCAUCAACAACGUUUUUUACUGCCCUGGGAUCGUUGAAGGAACUCCACUCAGAGGCCGCGGAAUCCGUGGGGAGAAUUAAGACACUCAGAAAAGAGCUGAAAGCUCUGGAUGAAGAAAUUGCAACCAGAGGCCUCCAUGUUGUCUACCAGCGAAGGCGCCAAGAAAAUCUACGUCAACUCAACGAUGCUGUGCUUCAGCUGAGGCAGAUUGCGGAUGGCCUUGCAAACUGUGAGACGCUAGUGGACGAAGGGGAAGUCGAUAAGGCACUGGCGAAUAUCGACUCUCUUGAAAAGCUUAUCGCAGGCGAAAGGGACGCUACUACUGCAAAUGAACCUGAGAUUCAGUUGCGGGACCUGCGUUCAGCUUCAGCUUUACAGGGCAUCCACGCGGAUCUAACAGCUUUGCGGUCUCGCAUAGGAAAGGCAUACGAAACCAACUUUCAGAAUAUUCUAAUACGUGAUCUACGACGACACGUCGAAUCUGUGUCAUCCCAAGAGAUUCUUCUCAGGUGGAGCAACGCAGCUAGUCGAUCCAAAGGUAGCCAUGCUAGGUCUCCUUCAGUCUUUCCAACCUAUCUCACAAAUACCGAUGAGUUGAAGACCGAGCUGCUGCCUAAUAUGAUUGGUCUGCAUCGAGCAAAACAUAUCGCCGAAGCGACUGUUGCUUACCGAGAGUCUGUCUUGCGUGAAAUCCGAAACUUGAUCAGACGCCCCUUGCCCAGUUCUACAGAUGAUGACAAUGAGUCGAUGAUGUCAGUCUCUACUGCAAGUGGUGGCCGUCAUCUGUCAAACCAGGAGAAGUCUUCCAUUUUGGCACGGAAUCUUCGCUCUUUGGAUCCUGAGGAUGGUGAGGACCUUCUGAUCAAGAUCUACAUUGGAGUCACAGAGACACUCAGGAGACUUACGACACAAGUCAAGGUCUUGUUGGAGAUUACCAGCUCCCUCACUGAGAGCCCACAAGGAGAAGGGUUGAUGUCCCCCACAGUCAGAUCACCAAUAUCCAGUCCGAGGCCAGAUAGAUUCCCAAGCAAUCCUAUGAACAGUGCAACAAUCGAGGUUCAGGAGGAGCUCCAUAAGAGCCUUGACGUUACUAAUCUCCUUGGCCAAGCUGUCGACGUGGCAAUCGAGAAAAUCGUCAAGGUCUUAAAGGUUCGAGCAGAGCAGACUGCACAGUUGCCAUUGACCCUCUUCCUCCGGUACUUUACACUCAACCUCUAUUUUGCCACCGAAUGCGAGUCGAUCUCUGGCCGAAGCGGCACGUCACUCAAGAAUGUGGUUAAUGGACACAUUAAGGACUUCGUGCAACGGAAUCGCGAUGCUGAAAUGCAGAAGCUCGCUCAGGGUAUGGAAUCUGAUCAGUGGAAUGCCAAAGACUUUACCGAGAAGAACACCGAGUUGCUUAAUACCAUCCUGGGCAGCAGCACGCAUGAUCCUCAUGAGUGGACAGACAGUACCAAGAUUUGGGUACCUAGUUCGGAAUUAGAGCCUGUCAAUGAGGACGAUGCAAUCGAAACAAACGGAACCGGCAAGGAAAAGACCAGGACUGCUACAAUCGAUUCAGAGACGUUCAUGUUACCAAAGUCAGCCAUUCUAUGUUUAGAUGGAAUCGCCAAGUUCUCUCAUCUGAUCAGUGGUAUACCGUCUAUGACUGUUGAUAUUGCGACCUCAUUGAUCGCGUAUCUUCAGCUCUUCAACUCGAGAUGCACCCAGCUAAUUCUUGGUGCCGGGGCAACGCGGUCAGCUGGGCUAAAGAACAUCACCACCAAGCAUUUGGCCUUGGCCUCCCAGGCGCUCUCAUUCACAGCAACUUUGAUACCGCAUGUUAGGGAAUUUGUGCGACGUCACGCUGGAUCCGGAGCGAGCGUAUCAAAUCUCAUGGGUGAGUUCGACAAGAUUAGACGACUACUGCAAGAGCAUCAAGAUAGUAUCUACCAGAAACUGGUUGAGAUCAUGGGCGGCCGCGCUGCCAUUCACUCACGGACGAUGAAGACGAUCGACUGGGAAGCAGAUGGAGACAAGGGCGUCCAUUCAUACAUGGAAACAUUGGCGAAGGAGACAACUACUCUGCAUCGUGUCCUAACGAAGCACCUCCCCGAGACAUCAAUCCAGAUGAUCAUGCUUCCUGUGUUUGCUAGUUACAGGGAUCAGCUUGGGUCAAGUUUUAGAGAAGCAGAUCCCAAGACUGAAACUGGCCUGAAAAGUAUGAACAACGACAUUGAAUUCCUCACGACAAAACUCGGAAAACUGGAUGGCUUUGGGGAAACGGGCGAGUAUCUGCAAAAGAUCAUUAAGUCUAAGCAGGUCAAGGCAGUGGAGCAGGUAACAGAAACGCCCGCAGAUGAAAAAAGAGAUGAAGAAUCCAAGGAGAGUGAGGCGGUUCCUGCAUCGGAAUCCACGGCGGAGAAGGAAGAGAAGUAG